CUCUUCUUGAUCUAUGUGAGAGAAAGGGAGAGAGAGAGAGAGAGAGGGGAGAGAGUGAGAGCGCGCGCACCGGAGACGGAGGUGGAGAGGGAGAUAUCCAACAGUCUUUAAACUCAUCUUAUUUCGCAUGCUCAGCUGAAGAAAGUCAGCGGUCGGAGGCAGCCAGGGACCACCCGUCUCCAAACCCGCUGGAGAUGUAAAGUUGGACACCAAUAAAACCGAUGCUGUGAAGUGGCUCUCAGCCUUGACUUCAUCAGGACUCGUCGGAAGGAUGCUGUGGUUUACCCUGCUGAGCACAAUAGCUUUAGGAUGGACUACGCCGAUCCCUCUGUUGGACGAGUCGGAAGAAAUCGACGAGCCCUGUUUUGACCCUUGCUACUGUGAAGUCAAGGAGGGGAUUUUCCACGUCCACUGCGACAGCAAAGGAUUUACAAACGUCAGUCAGAUUUCUCAGACAUGGACGAGGCCCUUUAAACUCAAUCUGCAGAGGAAUUCCAUGCGCAAGCUUUAUUUUAACAGCUUUUUGCACCUCAACAACGCUGUGGCUCUCAAUCUGGGAAACAACGCGCUCCAGGACAUACACGCGGGAGCCUUCAACGGGCUGAGCAUCUUGAAAAAGCUCUUUCUGCACGAAAACAAACUGGAGGUGUUCAGGAAUGACACCUUCAUGGGGCUGGAAAGCCUCGAGUAUCUUCAGGCGGAUUACAAUGUCAUUAAGAGGAUAGAAAGCGGGGCGUUUCGGAACCUGCACAAACUCAGAGUACUCAUUUUGAACGACAAUUUGAUACCAGUGCUACCCAAUUUAUUAUUCAGGUCCGUGUCCCUGACGCAUCUGGACUUACGCGGCAACCGCUUAAAAAUCCUUCCCUACAAAGGGACAUUGGAGUACAUCGGGCGCAGCUUGAUGGAGAUCCAGCUGGAGGAGAACCCAUGGAACUGUGUGUGCGACAUUGUACAGCUCAAAACGUGGCUGGAGCGCAUACCUUAUACCGCGCUGGUGGGUGACAUUACGUGCGAAUACCCGUUUCAUUUGCACGGCAAGGACCUGCGCGAGAUCAAGAGGAGCGAACUUUGCCCAUUGCUUUCCGAAGCGGAGCUGGAGGCCAAGCAUGGCAUUCCCAGAUUGCCGUUUAAUAACGAGCAUGUCUGGCCCACCAAACCUUCGUCUAUGCUGUCAUCUUUUCAUAACACAGCCUCGUCGGUGGAGUACAGAGAGAGACACACAAAGCCAACCAAACGCCCUAGACCCACAAAAACAUCACCCACUCCUCGUAGCAUUUACCCAGGGCUGAAUCAGCCUCCAAUUGCAGGCUAUCAGACCAGACCCCCUAUACCAAUCAUUUGCCCGACGGGAUGCAUGUGCAAUUUACAUAUCAAUGACUUGGGCCUUACCGUCAGUUGCAAAGAAAAAGGCUUCCACAAUAUUUCUGAACUCCUGCCACGACCGCUCAACGCCAAGAAACUCUACUUAAGUGGAAAUUUGAUUCAGAAAAUUUACAGGUCGGAUUUUUGGAACUUUUCCAGCUUGGAUUUAUUGCACUUGGGUAACAAUCGGAUAUCAUACGUUCAGGAAGGAGCCUUUAUGAAUCUGCCCAACUUGAAAAGUUUAUACUUGAAUGGCAAUGACAUUGAAAGGCUCAGCCCGGGAAUGUUUCGCGGCCUGCAAGCGCUAAACUACCUGUACUUCGAGUACAACGUCAUUCGAGAGAUCCAGCCGGCCGCUUUCAGCCUCAUGCCAAACUUGCAGCUGGUUUUUCUUAAUGACAACCUGCUGCGCACUCUGCCCGUGGAUGCGUUCGCGGGCACCUCCCUCUCCAGGCUCAACCUGCGCAACAACUACUUCCUGUAUCUGCCCGUCAGCGGGGUGUUGGAGCAUCUCCACUCCAUCGUUCAGAUCGACCUUCAUCAGAACCCUUGGGACUGCUCGUGCGACAUCAUCCCACUCAAACAGUGGAUCGAAAAACUCAGCUCCGUAAUCGUUGUGGGGGAAGUCAUCUGCAAGACCCCAGAUUUCGCCCUUGGUAAGGAUCUACGCACACUGGAGGCCGAGGUCAUCUGUCCCGAGCUGAAAUUCACCGCGUCUUCUCCCGUUCUCCCUAAUGACAUAACAGCGACCAGCGGCUCUGAAUUGGGAUACGCGCCGGGCACGGGAGCUGUCCCCCUGUCGGUGCUGAUUCUCAGCCUGCUUGUGCUCUUCAUCUCCGCCGUGUUCGUGGCCGCUGGUCUGUUUGCGUUCGUUUUGCGCAGGAGAAAGAAACUUCCAUUCAGGAAGCGACACGAGGUGGACCUGACGGGUAUUCAGAUGCAGUGCAAGAUAUUUGAAGAACGACAGAGCGCGUCGCCCGAAAAACCGCCCGGUCACGUUUACGACUACAUACCCCAUCCCGUGACGCAAAUGUGCAACAACCCCAUCUACAAACCACGCGAGGGAGAGAUCGAGGGCGAGCAGUUUGCAGAAACCAAGGAAAAUAGCAACUAUCGAACACUUUUGGAGAAAGAGAAGGAGUGGACGAUGGCCGUGUCCAAUUCUCAACUCAACACCAUCGUCACCGUUAAUCAGUCCGGUGACAUGGCGAGCUUUCACGAGAACGGAGUGCUUUGCCCCACCGUGAUUGACAGUCAGAGACCCACCCCGACGGUGGGCUUUGUAGACUGCCUGUAUAGCACCGUUCCCAAAUUAAGGGACAUGCACGUUGCGCACUCACACCCGCCCGGGAUGCAAUAUCCCGAUUUACAGCAAGACGCCAGAUUAAAGGAAACAUUACUUUUCACAACGGGGAAAGGAUUCCCCGAGCAAACCCAAAGUGAAUACCUCGAGUUAAGGGCCAAACUCCAAACCAAGCCGGAUUACCUCGAAGUCUUGGAGAAAUCGUAUAGAUUCUAAUAGAAUUCGAAGUUAGCUCACUUUCACCCUUUUCAACAUGCCCAAAAAUAUCAAAAAAUAAGCAUGGCAAAAUAUAUGUAUCACACACGCGCGCGCGCACACAAAUUUCCCCCAAGUCGCUUUGGAGGAAAGGCCAUAACUCAGAUUUUUCAAUGAAGUGCCUUUUUUCAGAGUAGCCAGCAAUGUUACCACCCAUUAUUUUUGUACGGAACAGAUUUGUUGUGGGGCGUAAUGAUCAAAAUAUUAUUAAAAGAAGCCUUCGUGCGCCGGGGUUCGAGCCUGGCACACUUUGUAGAGUAUUUGCAGUUUGCUGCAUGCAUUCAGCUGCAAUGGAGGUUAUUGAUCGAGAACUCCACCUGCUAUAGAGAGACAUCUAUCCGUUCAGUGCUCUAUUUAAUUUUUAUAACGAGAGACAUCAGAGUUAUAUCUCAAGGACGCACUCGAGCAUCAAUAUUUGUGAAUAUAUAGUGACACUUCAAGAUUUUAUGGAGUUCAACGCACUUUCUUAAGAAAAAUGCUUCUGGAUACGAUCACUAAUGGCUUUUUAAGAAGCACUUUUAAUGUUUUCUCUCUCUAUCUCUCUCAUUCUCCUUACGAAGAUUUGACAAAGUUAAAAAUGUGCAUAUAUUUAUUCUGUAAUUUCAGUGAAAGAAUUAAUUGUAAAGGUAAUGUUAAAUCAAUGUAUAGUGAUUAUGCGUCUGGUAUAGCCUUCUUAAUAAAAACACAAAGUCUUAAAUCAAAUAAAAAGGGUACCAAUGCAUACUGUUUGUGAGAAAUACACUUUUAAAAAAUGACGCACAUUCACUGCUGCUAAACGAGUCAAUCUGAUGUCCCUGCCUAUAAAUGUGUCAUCGAGUGUCACAAGAAAAGGAGAUCAUGGAUUAGAUAUGAAUCGUGCUGUAAGGUAUGUUUUUCUAUCUGCCAGUAUCUCUCGACUGCAUUACACAACCUUUGAGAAUAUUUAAUGCAAUGUCACUAUUACAAGUGUCCACAAGAGGGAGAUCUAGAGACACCCUCGCCAUCUGUGAAUGGGCAUCAAUGGUUUGAUUAUUUAACACAAGAGCCUAUUAAAAUUCAUUUUGUCAGGUAUUAUAUAUAUAUAUAACUUUGUGACAAGUAUAGCUUUUUCUAUAAAACUUCUCAUUAUGUGUGUGUGUGUGUGUGUGAGAGAGAGAGUGUGUGUGAUUGGAGUAAGUUUCAUUUUCUGUUGAUGCAUCACUCUAAAGAUAUAUUUAUGUGCUGUUUUUCUAUUCCCCGAUAACAACAAAGAUGGCUAUUUUUAAACUGAAUAUUUCAUGUCUGUUUGCCAAUGCCAUUUACCUUUAGCUUUAAAUGAAUACUAUUCAAAUAAAUGCAUAUAUUGGUAUACACUUUAUUUACUAUUAAAUGUAACUCCAGAGAGUUUUAUUCUGUUUUUGUUCAAUACUGUUUCAAAAUUUUACCCCCACCACCAUUUACUCGGCCUGGUUGUCAAUAUUGUAAUAAAUUCGGCUUGGUCCACAGUUAACAACA